AAAGUAUUCUUCUGUCAGUGUCUGUCAGUUGUCUAUUACAGAUCACAGAAGUGUGGUUAUCUAUAGUAAGCGUGGUAGAUUUAUUGUUUUAUAGUAAAUUACCGUUUCUUUCCCAAUUCGAUUGCGAACAAAAUACAGCAAAAUGGGAAAGAAAUCGAAGAUUGGAAGACAGCGCAAAGACAAGUUUUACCAUUUAGCCAAAGAGACAGGGUUUCGCUCUCGUGCCGCCUUCAAAUUGAUUCAGUUGAAUCGAAAGUUUGAGUUUCUGCAGAAGUCCCGAGUAUGCCUGGAUCUGUGUGCGGCCCCUGGAGGCUGGAUGCAAGUAGCGAAGCAAAAUAUGCCCAUUUCAAGCAUCAUUCUUGGGGUGGAUUUGUUCCCUAUUAAGCCCAUUCCAGGGACAAUUAGCUUGACUGAGGAUAUUACUACUGACAAAUGCCGAGUUGCUAUACGCAAAGAACUACAAACUUGGAAGGCCGAUGUAGUGCUUCAUGAUGGAGCUCCAAAUGUCGGUAAAAACUGGCUUCACGACGCCUACUCCCAGACCUGCCUGACACUGAGCUCUUUGAAACUAGCUACAGAAUUUUUACGCAAAGGGGGCUGGUUUAUCACCAAAGUGUUUAGGUCAAAAGACUAUAAUCCGCUUGUUUGGGUAUUAAAGCAAUUGUUCAAAAAAGUUCAUGCCACUAAGCCUCAAGCUUCUCGUAAUGAAUCCGCCGAAAUAUUCGUAGUGUGUCAGCACUACAUCGCUCCAGAUAAAAUAGACCCCAAGUUCAUGGAUCCGAAAUAUGUGUUUCAAGAACUAGAAAUCGAGCCCAAGAAUAAACUUAACAUAUUCCAUCCCGAAAAGAAGAAGAAAGACAAAGCUGAGGGAUAUGCGGAGAAUGACUGGACUUUGCACCAUCAAGUUAAAGUAUCAAACUUUGUGCAGCAUGAAAAUGGAAUAGACAUUUUGCAACAUGCUUCAGAAAUUAUUUUUGAUGAUCCGGAUAUUCUCAAACAUCCCAAAACCACAUUAGAAAUCCAGGAGUGUUUUAAGGACAUUAAAGUCCUUGGUAGGAAGGACCUGCGAAACAUAAUGGCCUGGUGGAAAAUCCUGCAUGAUGAGUGGGAACAUCGGGUUAAAGAAGAGGUGGAAGAAGAACCCGAUAUGGUGGAAAAAAUUGAGAUUGAAGGCGAAAUGAGCGAUGGAGAAGACGACUUGAAAGGCGUGGAUAAGAAAAUCGCAGACUUAGAGGCCGAAGAAUACAGAGACUCCAAGCGAAAGAAGAAAAAAGUGCAAAAAGAACGCAGGAAAUUAAAUGAGAAACUUAAUUUGAAAAUGAUUCUUAAAGGAGAUGAUGGCCCUAAAAUGGAGGCAGAUGACAUGUUCUCGUUGAAACAAGUUAAGGACGUCGAUAAGAUGAAUAAAAUUGUGGAGCAAGGACCAGAUAUGUUGGCGGAUUCUGAUGACGAACAAGACUUGUCGAAACGAAAGUAUCUAAGAUACGACAAAGACGAACAGCACUUGGACAGUUCAGGCCUGUACUAUAAAGAUUCAGACUCUGAGCUUGAAAUGCAAAGUGGAAGUGAUUCUGAUGACGACGCCAAGCAAACUCUUGGAUUUGAGUCCGAUGACGACCAUGACAAGAAGCCAAGCAAAAAAACAAAGAAGCAAGCAAAAGAGCCCGAAACAGAACAUCCUUUGAUAACGGACUUAGACUACAGAGACAAAGAUCAGAAAAAGACGCAUAAGGCAGAGCUCUGGUUUCAGCGUGAUAUUUUUCAGAACCUCAUCAAUGAGAAGGAUGAAGAUGCCGACUUGGAUAAGAUGGUGGAGGAUUUUAAGAAGAAAGGAGCUAAUGUCGUAGGGGAAUCUGAGACAAAAAUCAAACGAAAAAACAAUGUUAGUGAUAGCGACUACAGUUCAGAAGAGAGCGCAUCUUCCGACGACAGCGAUUCCGAAUUCGACAUGGAACGUCAUGUGCCAUUAAAUAACACGAAAAAGGACGGCUUUGCGGUUGUUAAAACUGCCACAGGUGUUGCUACUGGUAAAAAACGCAAAAAGCACAAGUUAACUGAAGAAGAACUGGCAUUGGGCACUUUGAUGGUAAACAGCAAAAAAGCCAAAAGAGACUUAAUCGAUGGUGCUUGGAAUAGGUAUGCGUUCAAUGAUGAUAAUUUACCAGAUUGGUUCGUUCAGGACGAACAAAAGCAUAUGAAAAAGGAAGCUCCAGUGCCUAAGGAAUUGGUGGACGACUACAAGAAGAAACUGGAAGAAAUCAACGUGAGACCAAUCAAGAAAGUAGUGGAAGCUAAGGCAAGAAAGAAGCGCAGGGCUCUUCGGAAGUUGGAAAAGGCGAAGAAAAAAGCUGAAGCUUUGAUCGACAACGGGGACAUCACCGAGAGAGAAAAGGCACAGCAGAUUAAACAAUUGUACAAAAAGGCUACGAAGGAGCCUAAACGUGAAGUGACAUACGUUGUAGCCAGGAAACAUAGUGCAGCCAAGCGAGUUAAACGCCCUGCUGGUGUUAAGGGACAGUACAAGGUGGUGGAUCCCAGAAUGAAAAAAGAUGUUCGAGCUCAGAAGAACAAACUGAAAACGAUGGGCAGGGGCAAGAAAGGGGCUAAGCCUGGCAAAAAGAGGCCAAACGCGGGAAGGAACAAGGCUAACGCAAAGUAGACAGCUUUUGUUAUUUUGAUAAUACAAUUGUGCUGUGA